GGAAAGGCGGGGACAGGCGGCGUCCCGGAAGCCCGGGCUCACGGGAUAGGGGGAACAGCUCGGGUGUCUGGGCCCCGCCGCUUCCCCAGAGCGGGUCACAGUUGGCAGCCAUAGGGCGCCUCACGGAUGCCCGGGCCGCCCGCCACGGUGGGCACUUAACAAACGCCAAAUGACUACGUCCUCCCGCCUGCGUUUUGUCAAUGAGGAAACUGGCCCCGGGAGGUAAAGCUUGAAACACCAUUAAUUUCCAAAAGAUCAGGUCAAGGGACGAAGAGUCUUAUUGAGGGGCACGUGACAGAUGUCACAGGCUCAGAAUAUUACCAACGACCGAGACCAGCCAAGUCCCGACGUCCCAGGUCGCUUCUCUCCUCCCCUCCCCCCCGGAACUCCAGACAACGGGUGUCCGCGGCCGGGAGACAAGUGCUCCCGCAGCACCGCCCCCACCUCCCCGUCCGUGACCGACCGGCGACUUCCGGCCCGGGAGGCCGGGCCAGAUCCGACUGGGGUCAAGCCGCGGGAGGAUGUGGCCGCUGAGUGGAGGCCUCAGGCCCCGGGCCGGGGCCCUGCCCUCGGCCUUUUUUCGCGGGGUCUGGGCCCGGGCAGCCGGCAGCGAGGGCCCCUCCUACACCCAGGGCCAGAGCCCGGAGCCGAAAACCCGCGAGUAUUUCUACUACAUCGACCAUCAAGGCCAGCUUUUCCUGGAUGAUGCUAAAGUGAAGAAUUUUAUCACCUGUUUCAAAGACCGGCAGUUCCUGGUUUUUUUCUUCUCCCGCCUGAGGAAGAACCAAAGUGGUCGCUAUGAAGAUGCCUUUCCCUUUGUCUCACUUUGUGGCCGUGAACGCAACUUUGUGCGCUGUGACGAUCUCCCUGUGGUCUUCACACACCUGCUGGAAGAUGGCCCAGGAUCCGCACGCCUCUCCUAUGGAGGAGGAGGGGAGGCCUUGGCUGUACCCUUCGAACCUGCCCGACUGAUGCCCCUCCCUGCCAACGGACGGCUUUAUCACCCAGCGCCCAAACUGGCUGGUGGUGUGGGGCUGGUCCGCUCUUCCCUGGCCUUUGAGCUCAGUAGCUGUUUUCAGUAUCCACCAGGAGGGGCCACCCUACCCACCCAUAUCUUGUGGCAAGGCCAGAAAUACCCUCUAACCAUGGACCUUGCAUCCCUCUUUCCUAAAUCCUGUGGGCCCUGAAGCAUUGUACCCCCUUCUUCACCUGCUGUCCUCCUAUGCCUCAGGGAUGUAGAAGGUGGAGGUCCAAACAGAUAGUAACAUUCAGGGACAUGACCCGCCUAAGACCUCGAGGUUGCUGGUACUGAGAAGGACAGUGGGAAGGAGAGCCUUAGCAAAGAUGGGUCCUGGAGCUAAACCUUCCUAACAAGGAUUAAGAGAAAGUCCUUCCUGUGAUUGCUUAUUGCCUUUUGGUGACUGAGGUUGGUAUGGCCCAUUGAUCAAGGGAAGGAGAGCAGGAUAGAGUGGAAGGGUUAGAACCAGGGUGUUCUCCCAUCAGUGGGGAUUCUGGAAUGGCCUUGGGGAGCUGUGGGAUAGAAGGACAAAGAGUCCUGUUGCACUGUGCCAAGAGGACUGAGUGACAAGGCCUUAAAGGAAAGAGCCUUCAUCCCCUCCUGUCCCUGUGUAAACACCUUGGGUCUCUGCCACUUGUUCCUGAGGAGGGAAGCAGGGGUGGUUCAGGUUCACGCUCUGCACACCUGAAUUCAGUUAAAUUCAAAAAACAUUGUGACUGCUACAUGCUAGGCCCUGUUCUGAGCGCUAAAGAUACAAACAUUAAAAAGAACAGUUUACUCUCGUGGAGCUUAAAAUCAACAUUAAGUCUCUCCUGAUUGCCCUAAUUACUUUUUGCCCUUCCUCCUUUCCCAAAACACUGAUUGCUGUGCCAUGCAUUUUGCCAGGUGGUAGGGAUACAAAGACAAGACUGAAAUAUAAAAAUACAAAAUAGAAAAUAGUUUUGGAAGGGAUGCUUGUGUGAGUAGAAGGAAGAAAUUGUAUCCAAGAGAUGUGGAGCUUAAAAUGACAAAAUUUGACAGCCAAUUGGGUAUAUAGAUUAAGGUUGCACACCUUGGGAAUGGGAAGAAUGGUAGUGUCAAAACCAGAAGUGAAGAAGAGAGACUUGGUCUGGAAACACUGACCAGGGUAAUGCGUUUAUGUGAUACUUAAACCCAUGGACAAAAAGCAGCAACAAUACAGUACUUGGCAGUUUUGCAUAUAUCCUCUCAGUUGAUGUGAUGAGGUCACCAAGUGAGAGUUUUAAGAGAAAAGAGAAGACCCAGGACAGUUAUGUGGAGCACCUCACAGGGCUUUGCUGGGAAUGAUGGUCCUCCAGCACAGGAGAUGGGGUUGGUGAGAAAACCGGGACAGGGCAGUGUUCCCGAAACUCAGAAGACAAAUAUCCAUGAAGAAGAGAGAACAGUACUCGAUCAAACAUUUGGGUUUGACUCUGAUUUAAGAGACUCUUGGUAACUUUGGAGAGAGCAAUUUCAGUUGUGUGAUGGAGUCAGAGCGAUAUUACAGAGGGUUUAGAAGAGAGGAAACUGAGGAUCCAAGUGAUGGAAUUUCCAGAGUCCAGUUAAGAAAAGGGAGAAGAAUGCAGCAUUGAUGGUGGCACCUAAGGAGGAAUUUUUGAGAAUAGGGCCUUGGGUAUAUUUAUAAAUAAGAAGGUAGUGGGAGUGAUUAAAGGUGGUAGUGGGAAACAAUUUUCUGAGGAAAACAAAAAGGAAUGAGAUCAAGGGUACCUGGUGAAGUAUUGGUCUUAGUAUGAAAAGGACCCCGCUCUUCAUUGGAGACUGAGCAAGAAACAUUGGCAGGUGAUGCCAGAUGGUUGUGAGAAAAGGGUGCUGGGGCAAAUGACUUUUUGGAAAGGUGGUGUAAAUUAUAAGAUGAAAACCUGAGCUAAGGGGAUGGAGGAAGGAUAUAGUAUGGGAAAUGAGAAAGGAAAAUAGAGGUUUAGAAUCAUGAAAAGUGGGAUAGUGAAUUAGGGAGGAGUAACAUAUAUGAGCCCAGUUGAAGUUAAAUUACAAAGUGUCUAUGAUAGAAGUAAUCCACAGUUAAAGUUUGUCAGUAUGAGAAAGCCAGUGAAGAUGAGAUGUGAGAGUGGAAGAUUAUAUAACUAAGCCCAGAGCUGCUCUAGCAGAGCCUCAUCCCACUUUGUGCAUACCAAUAUGAUUUCCAAAGCACCUUUUAGGAUUAUGAGUUCUAUCAGAAAGUACACAUGCAUCCAGAGCUCUGUACACUUUUUUAUCAGCAAAAUGAGAACAAAAGCUCUUAUUCGGCAUUUUCAUCACAAUCAAUAGCCCCGGAAGGAAGGAGUGCAAAUAUUAGUUGCUUCAGUAUUUCAAAAGUCUUUUAAUAAGAGAUUAUUUUGGGGAGAAAACUCUGGCUAUUGGAAUAUUCAGACGUUAGAGUCAGUGAUCUAGUUGGGUCCUCCUUUAAUCAGUAGAGAUUGCAUUAGUUGCCACAUCUUAGUAAAUGUUUCUUCCUGAAUUGCUAAAACCAAAAAAAUUCUCCCCUCAGGAGUCAACCAUCUUAUGAAGAACUUUCACCACUAGACUGGUGCUCAAAGAGCAGGCACAUAAUUUAUCACCAGAACUGUACUUAAGAGUAUUGUCUAGCUUAAUAAGACUUUGCAGAAUUUGUAUACCUCUGAUAGUCUGAGAAUCUGGUCCCCUUGCCAUGAGGAGUCAUAGGAAGAGGGCUUUAGUAGAAGUAUGAAACAAUUUUUCUCAUUUGUAAAAUGAGGAAACAGAUUUCAGAGAAAAGUAACUUACAGCCUUAUGAAUAGUAAGGGCACCUGACUCCCAAGUCCAUUGUUCUUUUCACCAUACCAAAAUGCCUCUUAAAGCACUAAUUUAUAUAACACUUUAUAGUUUACAAAGCACUAGUUUAGUGGAAAAAUCCCUAGAAACAGAGGUAGGACUCCAUACAAAAGCACAAGAAGAUGGUGCAAUGUGUUUUGUUUUUUUUUUCUCAAUCCAGCAAACAAUGCCUUCUGUGGGCAAAGACUUAAGUGCUAGGGAUACAAAAAUGAAAAAUACUCCAUGGCUCUUGCAAUCAACUGGUAUAUGAUAUUAGCAAUAAAACACUGCAAGAAGAAACAAAUUCCAUUUAAAAUAACUGCUGGGAGGCUACCUAUCAAGACACAUAAAGAUAUAUGAAUACGAUUACAAAGCACUAUUUGUAGAAACAAAAGAUUGACCUAAAUAAUUGGAGGGGGAAAAGUCAGCUAAUUUAUGGGAAGACAUAAUAAAAAUGACAAUGAUAUAUAAAUCAAUGCCAUCAAUUAGGCUACCAAAGGAUGCUUUAUAGAGCUGGGGGCAGGGAGGGGGGGAAUCACAAAAUUCAGGUGGAAAAAUUAAAAAGGAAAUGAAGAAAAGUAGGAAGGAAGCUAGGUAUACCAGAUCCUAAACUAUAGUAUAGAACAGUAAUCCUCAAAAUGAUUUGAUUUUGAUAGAUUAAUCAGUGAAAUAAAUUCACAACAAUGAGAAGCAAAUGCAAUUCAUAGAGUUUCAUACACCUAAGAAUCCUAUUACUGAGCCAAGCGUUCACUUGCAAAAAAAACAAAAAAAUACAACCACAACAAAGGACAAAAAAGGUAUGUGACUUAGACCAAAAAAAA